GGAAAUGCUUUGAGACACCUGACCUUAACAGCCUUCCCCAGGUGUUUCAGCUGGGUGAAUGGAAACGCAUCGGAGCACAGCGCAGCGCGGAGUAUGAAGCCAACCUCGGGACAGAAGUUUUGACCCGGACGGACCAGGACUCUCUCCGCGCGCUGCUCCCUCGAUCUCCACGACCUCCAUGAACCAGACGGGAGCGACUCGGAACCAGCCAGUCGUAACGCGGACGGAGCGCGAUGGAGAACAAGGGCUUACUUCGCUGUAAGAUAGUAGUUGUCGGGGAUUCGCAGUGUGGCAAAACGGCUCUUCUUCACGUCUUUGCCAAAGACUCCUAUCCAGAGAGUUAUGUCCCCACGGUUUUCGAGAACUACACAGCCAGCUUUGAGAUCGACAAACAGAGGAUUGAACUCAACAUGUGGGACACCUCAGGUUCAACCUACUAUGACAACGUGCGGCCGUUGGCUUACCCAGACUCGGACGCCGUGCUCAUCUGCUUCGACAUCAGCCGUCCAGAGACGCUGGAGAGCGUGCUGAAAAAGUGGCUCGGUGAGACGCAGGAGUUCUGCCCAAAUGCCAAAGUGGUGCUGGUCGGCUGCAAGUUGGACAUGAGAACGGACCUCGCCGUGAUGAGGGAGCUCUCCAAACACAGACUCAUUCCCGUCACCCAUGAACAGGGCACCAACUUGGCGCGGCAGAUGGGAGCGGUGGCGUACGCGGAGUGCACCUCCAAGUACUCCGAGAACAGCGUCCGGGAUGUUUUCCACAUCACCACGCUGGCGUCUGUGUCCAGCAUCCACCGGCCGCAGCUGAAACGGGCGGAUUCCCGCCACGCCCUCAAGCGGGUCUCGCAGCAGCCCCCCCGGACUGAGAUUCACGAGCAGCCCCCCGCCAUCCGAAAGGACCGGGCCAAGAGCUGUGUGCUCAUGUAGCCAGUCUAAGGACUUUAGCGUGUGUGUAUGAAAUUAAAUUAAAGGUGGAUUUUUCAAGAUGGCUGCACUGCAUUGUGGAUGAUAAGGCAGAAACCGGAGCGCCGUCCUGUGGAGCUCUUUGAAGGACCGUUUUUAGCAAAGCGCCGCUCGUAGUUUUCUUUGUGUUCUCAUGAUGGAAGGCCACCGUACUAACUAAAGCAGCUUUUCUUUGACGCUUUUAAGAGGACAAACAGACAAAUGAACCACAGGACAGAAAAAGAAAAAAUAAAAAUAAAAAAGCUCCUGCAGUCUGCUGCGCUGGUGCUGCUUUCCUCAAAUGCACUUCUGACUCGUAGCAUUCAGGUGAAUGAAGCACAGUAUGGCGCACAGCAUAUUUUCUGACAAACCUGUACAUAUGUGGGAGUGAACUCUGCUGUUUGAAAACAUGUUGUCACAAAGGUCACACAAGGUCAUUUCUGAAGUGUUGUGUAAUUAUUCAGAGCAUGUAAACAAGAUGGAGACGACUUUACAUGUACAGUAGAUGUGAUAAUAAAACUCCAAAACCUGCAAAGCUA